GAGUUCUCCGUCCUCGGGGAACGCGCACAUUCCUAUUGUCCAAGAUGGCGGCGCUGCUGAAGCUCCACUGAUGCAGUUUUUGUUUUUAAACCUUUUCUGGUUUUUAUCCGUAAAUGAGCCGAACGUCAGCGGAUGCCGUGGAACCGCGUUUCCCCCUGAGCCCGUCCUCCGUAGCCUCGCUCCCGCUAACGCUCCCGGAAUCCCGCUGCGGACACCGAAAAGUUUCCGAUCCGUCCUCCAGAGAAAAUGAAGCGGCAGGCCGGCAGGGAGAGCAGUCCGUCCAGGGCCAUCGCUAAACGGACACGGGAGCGGGAGAGCAGCCGCAGAGAGGAGCUGCCCCCGCCGCCGCUGGCGCUUUUACUGGCCGAGAGCAGGAGCUACCGCCGCCGGAGCCGGGAACGCGAGAAGCCGCGGCUCAGGGAGGAGAGGGCGGCCGCCCUGGAGCUCCACCACCGACAUGAGCUCAGCCUCCUCGGCCGUCCACCGCUCCGCACCUCGGCAGCAGAGCUCCCCGCCCCCCGGCCGGGCACGCUGGAGUAUAAAACGCUGCUCAUCAGUAACCUGGGCUCGCAGGUGUCGGACGAGGACGUGGAGGACUCGCUGUUUCACGAAUUUAAAAAGUUCGGGGAUGUGAGCGUGAAGCUGUCGCACACACCGGAGCUUGGCCGGAUCGCCUACGUUAACUUCCGACACCCGGAGGAUGCCAAGGAGGCCAGGCACGCCAAAUCCUCCAGGUUGGUUCUGGGAGAGCGCCAGCUGAAGAUAGAGCCCAUGUACGUACGGAGGCGGAGUGUCACCCCACCGGACGUGGGUUAUUUACCCCUCCACGCCCCCUAUCCGUACAGGCAGCGCUCCCUGUCCCCCCCUGUCCCCGGGGUCAGCAACCUCCGGGAACUGAGAGCCAGACACUACGCCCUGGAGACCCUGGGUCUGAGCAGAGACCGGGACCGGCUGCUGGACUACUAUGGGAUGCUGGAUGAGAGGGGGCGGCCCUACGGCCUGCCCCCCAUGCCAGUGGUGGAGGACUUGAAGCCGGAGGAUGACCAGCGGGCGACCAGUAACCUGUUCAUCGGUAACCUGGAUGGGAACGUGACGGAAGCUGAGCUCCGGAGGGGGUUUGAUAAAUAUGGCAUCAUUGAGGAAGUGGUGAUCAAACGCCCGGCACGUGGACAGGGCGGGGCUUAUGCGUUUGUGAAGUUUCAGAACCUGGACAUGGCCCACCGUGCCAAAGUGGCCAUGCAGGGCCGGCUGAUGGGUGGGAACCCCAUAAAGAUCGGUUACGGCAAAGCCAACCCCACCACCCGCCUCUGGGUGGGGGGGCUGGGGCCCGGGAACCCACUGGCUGCCCUGGCUCGAGAGUUUGAUCGCUUUGGCAGCAUACGGAACAUUGACUACGUGAAGGGGGACAGCUUUGCCUACAUCCAGUACGAGAGUCUGGAUGCAGCUCAGGCCGCCUGCACCCAGAUGAGGGGCUUCCCUCUGGGGGGCCCAGAGCACCGGCUCAGGGUGGACUUUGCUAAGGUGGAGGAGAGCCCGUCGCGCCCAUUUCCUCCUGGUUACCAGACGCCCGUUACACUCCCUUCCCACUAUGACCUUCUUGGAGAGGCAUACAGCCGCCAUCGCAGCCUUGAACAGGAGCUACGGGGGGCCAGGGAGCGUUCUCCCCCUGCUCACAGCCUGCUCUCCCUGAGGGAGAGGGCCCUGCUGGAGAGAGACUUUCCCAGCAGCCCCACCCGCAGCUUGGAGAGGAGGUCCGGAGGGGUGGAGGCGUUUGGGAGGAGUGGGAGAGCAGCAAGGAGUCGUAGCAAGAGCAGGGAACGUUGGCUGAAGGAGAGGGAGGAGAGGAGGAACAGGAGGAGGAGCAGUAGUCUGUCAGCAGAAAGGCAGACGGAGGAGAAGGAGGUGGGGAGGUCAAGGGUUCGUGGUGUUGGUGGAGCCGUCUCUCCUGAAGCGAGUCCGGACCGAGCUCGGGUCCGUGCUCCCGACUCCACCACAGAACCCCGAGACCAUUCCCCUGACAACGGAGGAGCUGGAAGGCAGUCCACCAACGAAGAAGAUCCUCCCUCCAGCCACCAUCACAGCAAGAGGGCCUCCAGCGAACAGCUGAACAACCACCACCAUCGGAACAGUGAGGCCAAUGCCUCGGCUUCUCCUGCAGCCCACACAGACGCCUCCUCACCCCCCGGCACGCUGUUGGAGUUUGCCCAGAGCAUGCUCUCCAGGAUGUGGAGAGGCUUGUUCACCCUGAAGAACAGCAGCUUUCCUACAGACCUGUUCCUGCUGGAGGGGGGCGUGUCCUUCUUCAACACUGUGAUGAAGGACAGCCUGAAGCAGCCGAGCAAGAAUCAGCUGAGCCAGUUAAAGAUCGCCCAGCGGCUGCGCAUGGACCAGGCCCGGCUCGAUGAGGUUUCGCGCCGCAUCAAGGUGGGCCGCCCCAAUGGCUUUGCCAUCCUGCUGGCUCUGCAGGGCCCUGUGGACCGCCAGACCCCGGGUCUGGAGCCAGGAUUGCAGGUGCGCCUGCUGCGCCACCUGGUGACGUACCUGCGGAACAAAGAGGCGGCCGGUGUGGUGAGCCUGCCCAGUGCCAAGGAGGGUGGGCCGGGCGCCAUGCUGUAUGCCUUCCCCCCAGGAGAGUUCUCUCAGCAGUUUCUGCAGACAGCCAAGAGGACUGUGGGUAAUCUGGAGGAGGAGCACAUGGUGAUCGUGAUCGUUAACGACACUAACUGAUGUACAGAACCAACACUUCCUGGUUUGAAACCUUUUAGGAUUCUGGAUUCCAGCCACACUACACACGUCACUCCGCUUCUCCCUGUGAGCCGGUGGGGUUGGCGGGAGAAGGAGGAGGAUUUUAAAAACACUCACAGGAGCGACAGCAGGUCCUCCUGCUUUUAUACUUAAGCUGUAAAAAAAAAAAAAAAAAGACACUAAACCCAGCAGGACAGUUUCUCUGCUUCUGACUUUAUUUGUUUUUAAUCACAUGGUAACGUGACACGCAGGUGUUUGUACUGUACCCCCCACCCAGGUGUUGCAUGCAGACACUUCCCUGGAGGGAUGGUUUGGUCCGCCCUUCUAAACCUUCCUGACUUCAUCCCUUCGUUGUUUUUGUUCCUCUUCGGCUCAGCGCCGCGGAGCCAGACCAACCCAGAACGUAGUCUGACCCACAAACGUGCAGAAAAUUACAGCGAAACAGGAGCAAAAACUAAAAUAUUCAACGUUGUUUUAAUUAACCUGUUGUUAACAGGAGCGGCAGCAGGUCCUCGUUAACGUUGUUUUAAUUAACUUAAUACAAUGGGACUGUCCCCUCAUGGUUUUUAAAGGUAACAAUGCUAAAAGUGACCUUUUGAAUGAAUUUCUUCAGAAGUGACCCACAUUCCUGUUCAGAUUUUCUGCAUUUUUGUGCCAACAAACCUCAGAGAAGGAAUCCAUUGUUUUUAUCAGAAGUUGGUGAAUAAGUCCGACCCGACUUCUGCUCUUGGUGCUGUCUGAAGCAGUCCUCUGUGUUUUCUCCAGUUUACAGCUGAGCUGCUGAUUGUUCCUCACACACCCGUUUAUUAAAUAUGUGGUUUCUAAA